AUGACCUCCUACAAUCUUGCACCAGGCAAGUUUAUAUUGUUUGGCGACUCAAUCACCGAGUUCUCGUGGCAAUCUCUUCCAGAUCUGACCCGGACUUUCAGUCUCAUGGCAGCUUUCGGAAAUCAUUACGUUAGAAAAUUGGAUAUUGUCAACAGAGGGUAUAGUGGUUACACCUCCGAUCAAGGAGCCAUUAUAUUCUCUAAAGUGGUGAAAAAUGAGCCAGAUAUCAAGUUGGCGACAGUAUUUUAUGGAACCAAUGAUUCAACCUACGGCAAAGAUGCAGUGCUUUCAGUGCCCUUAGAAAGAUUCAGGUCGAACAUAGAAGCCAUAAUUAAGUUGUCAGCAGUUCAUAAUGUCAAGCUUAUCUUGAUUGCUCCUACAUUUCAUGACCAAAAUAUUUUAGAUAGAUUAUUCCCUGAAAAACUGAAGUUGGAUAAGCAUAAAGACAUCAGUCAUACCAGUAAAUAUGUGAAUACUUUGUUGGAGUUAGGGGAACAAUAUCAAUUGCCAGUAAUCAACUUGUAUGAAAUUUUUCAAAAAUACGAGGGUGAUUGGAGUAAAGAUCUCUUAAUAGAUGGGUUACAUUUUAACGGUUCGGGAUAUAAAAUUUUACAUGACCAAAUAAUCAAAGUGAUUAGUGAGUGGUAUCCAGAGCUAAGUGCUGAUAAUCUACCAACGGUCUUGCCUGAUUUCAGUGAUUUACCUUCAAUUGAAAAUUUCAAAAGAUGCGUCAAUGGAUCUUGA